AUGGCGGUAUUGUUUGUGGCCUGCAUUGCGCUGUUUGGAGUCGUAGUAUCAGGAGAUGUAUCCUGCGAUCUGAAACAAGGGGGGCAAGUCUGGAAGGCGGACCCCCGGGACUGCUCAAAGUUCUAUCUGUGUUUUAAUGGACAGAAAUUCAACUUCAACUGUGGAGCUAAUGUGUGGGACCCUACAACCAGAACUUGUGUUCGAGCUGGAUCUGAAUGGGACAAAUGUUCCAUAAAAUCUCAGCUGGAGAAUUUGAACCCGUGCAGCGGUCAAAGCGUGGAGCGAGCAGCCAAGGGAGAUAACUGUGCACAGUACUAUGACUGCUUGUCACAUGACUCCACGCUCACCGCAGAUCCGUACGUUAAGGAGUGUGAAUACCCGAUGUUGUAUAACGACGAAACCAACAGGUGCGAACACUACUCGCAAGUGAAAUGUGGACAAAGGAAAGAGGUCAAAGACCCUUGUGAAUACGAGGCAAACCAGUGUCCGCUAUCUCACUGCAUACCAUGUAACGUGAGGCAUCCAAGCUGUAACGGGCUCCAAGAUGGCAUGAACCCGUGGGUCGGACGAGAGUGGUCUCCCCUUUUCGUUGUCUGCGAACAAGGUCGAGUUGUCUACAAUGGCCAGUGUGACGUCACCCAUGCGCCGGUACUCUUUAAUCCAGAAAAACGCGCGUGCGAGGUUGUCACGGACGAGCGGGAUCUAAAAAAACUCAUGUAAUAAGCUUAGUGUGACAUCGAAACGGAUUUGGAGUUAAACUUUAUUUUCUAAGGACAUGAAUGAACGAACCGUCCUUUAUAGCGAAGUCCACUACAAGUACUGUUAUAAUGGUCAAAGUGCCAUUACUUUCGGAACAUACGAAAGCCGAGUUGGUGUACAUCCCUGUGAACCCUGUUUGUCAGUGAUUUCUUCCCUGUUUUGUUGUUGAGUGCCUCACGUAGAAAUAAAUAUUUAAUAAAAACUACUUUCUGAAUGAUAAUCAUUUUAUGAUACAAAAUUAAACUCCAAAUAUCAUCAACGAUGAUAUUUCUUUUAAACCUGUCCGUUUAAAAAUCGAACUUUGUAGAGCAAUUAUAUAAGAGAAUAUUGAAAUGUUCGGCAAUUCAAAAGUGAGAAUCGAUUUAUGUCUUCAGUGUUGUGAUUGUAUCAAUACAGAAAACAAUCAACUAUCAAUUUGAAUUUUUUAUUUGUGAAACAAAAUUCAUGAAAUAUGGUAGCAAUAAAUAAAUAAAUCUAUUCUUUGCUU